AUGGUUUUGUGUAUAGAAAAUCGGGAGUAUAAUCAAUCUUGUUCACUCGAUAAAUUAUUAAAUCAUUCAAAUUUAAUUGAAUUAUCAAAGCAAUUUGCUUUGUCAACGGAAUAUACCGAAAACGUUGACGAUAUUUCGCACGUAUUGUAUAUAGGUCAAUAUGAAUAUGGAGUAUUGAAUAAAAAUGAUCCUAAUGAAUUGUAUAUGAUUGGAAGUGAUGAUGCUACAACGUGUCACAUUAUUAUUAUUGAACAACAAGACACUGUGGCAUUAGCACAUUUAGAUGGACGUGAAACACAAAAUAGUAUCGACAGCAUCUGCCGGGAGUUAAAACGUUACCAAACGAAUAAUUUUGAUUAUAAUGUUUAUCUAGUUGGAGGUUUUUUAGAUAAUUCUCGAAAACAAUACUCUAAUACGUUGAGUAAUGAAGUACUUAACGUUUUAGCUAAGAAUGAACAAAAUAAAUUUCAUUUAAAAUUAGCUGCUAUUACUCCACAUAAUGAUUACAUUAAAGCGGAAAAUAAUACUCAUUAUCCUUACAUUUACGGUGUUUUAUACGAUAUUCGAAAUAAUCAAUUGAAAAAAAUGACUUUUAUCGAUAAUGGUCCCGGUUCCUGUUUGCGAUCACUUCGGGGGUCAGAAUAUUCAUUACCUCUCUUGUGUGUCUAUUCAUCGUUAAAUGGCUACAUUUUUAUUGAUAAAUUUUCUGUUAACUCGACACAUUAUCAACAAUACAGAUAUUUGUAUGAUUAUUAUUAUAGUAAUGAUAAAUCACUAUUAAAAGUAACAUCCACAUCACCUGAACAAGAACGCCCAUCGUAUUUGAAAAUGAUGAGAAACAAAAUUGUGUACAUUUUAAAAUAUUAUCAACAAAUAGAUAAAUGGUUUGAUAAUGAGACAAGUUCGAUUAUUUAUAAAAAAGAUCCAUCCACACAUCAGUGGAUCACAAAUUCACCUGUUGUUGAAUAA